AUGGCGACUCGUCACGGCCGGGCGGCGCGCGACGACGGCCCUGAGAUACCCCUGCCUAGUGAACGCAUCCGCGACCCGCUGCCUGACAGAAACCCCGGCGACAAAGAGCAGCUUCGGAGAUCGCCGAAUGAGAAGGCCAUCGUGGUGCAGGAGAACUGGCUCAAGAAGCUGGCGGAGGAGAUGGCCAAGAGCGGUGCGGCUGUGCAGCCGUACACGUCGCCGCUGCUGCAGAGCUUCAUAAUGGCGUCUCUGGGGCUGCGCGCCAAAGACAGCAAAGACAAACACACACGCGACAUGCGCCAAGAGGUAGGACAGCCUGUGUGUGUUCAUCGGUGGGGUGGGAGGAGGGGAAGGGGGGUUCAGCGGUAUGAUGGUGCCGUGUGUGUGAUGCUUUCGGACCGUCUGUGUCUGUGUCGGUGUGUGUGUGUGUAGGAGUACAAGUAUAUGCGCAAUGGUUAUUUGGCCAACCACGUGGAGAUGAGGCUCAGGUCCAUGAACCUGUCGGCGGGCAAGAAGGUACGCAUGUCGAGGCAGACAGCACUGUGUCUGUCCAUCGACGGCCAAUGUGUCCAUGAUGCUCUGUGUGUGUGUGUUGGUGUGUGUGUGUGUGUGUGUGUGUAGUAUCAGGUUGGUCGUGAGAGUCAGCGUCAGUACUGUAGCAAGAAGAAAAAGAGGACCGUCGGCAUGGCAGACAGGUCACUCACUCACACGCAGCCACACGGAUGGAUGUGUAGAUCUGUCUGUGUGUGUGUUGUGUUGCGUCGUGUGUUUAGGUAUUGGGUGAUCAAGGGGCGUGAGUUGUGGGUGUACCGCGAGGCGUUUGAAAAGGAAGGAGAAGCAAGCCCAAAGGUGCACAGCUGACGAACUUACAUGUCGAUACUCAACGAGUGAGUGCAUGUCUGUGUCUGUGUGUGUGUCGUGCGGUCAGGUGUACACUUUGGCGGGAGCACAGCACACUUUCCUCCAAUACGAGGAGCGACCCGCCAUCUUCCCCAACACCAUACCUCACGUGAGCACACACACGCGCGGGCGCACGCUCACUCUGUCUGUGUGCCUCUACCUCUGUCUGUCUCUGUGUGUGUGUGUGUGUGUGGGUGGUGUGUGUGAUGAUUUAGAUUGACGAGAAUGGCAAGCUGGUGCGGAAGAAGCCCUUCGGCCGCGUGGAGAUCAGGCCCAAAGACAGGACGGACAACGGCAGAGAAGGCAGACCCCUGCUCCUCUACUGCGACAAUGAACAGGUAAAUACACACACUUGUCUACUAUGACACACACACACACGGAGGUGGGAUGGAUGUGUCUAGUGCGUGUGUGUGUGUGUCUGUGUGUGUAUUAUGCGCAGGAGUUCAAGGACCUGAAGACGCUGGUUGAGUCGUCGCGCUUCUUCGAAGACGCCAAAACGUUCGAGCUCAUCAGGUCAACCCCCACUCCCACACGACAUCCAUCCAUCUAUCCAUCGGCUUGUCUGUCCUGUCUACAUGCCUGCAGGAAGUGUGUGAAUCGCAUGGUGUUCAAGGACACGCAGUUCGCCAUGGAUAGGCUCAAGGCCGAGUUUGAGCAGAGGAAGAAGGACAAGGAGCUCGUCGACUCGUUCACCAAGAAGCUCCUCCACCUCGAGGCCAACAAGGCAUUCUCCAAGUGGAAGGCCACGUACUUGCGCAAGUCGCUCAGCCUCAACGCCCAUGUCCAAUCCCUCACACGGUCAGUCAGUGACACUCAACCCCCCACCACUCACACCCCUCUCUCGCUCCACAACACACACAGAGAGAGACUUGUUCUCUGCCUGUCUGUCUGUGUGUGGUGUCCACCGCCCACAGGUCGCUGUACGACACGUUCAAGCGUCGGCACAAGAAGCAGUACAUGAGCAUCGAGGAGCUGACGACAGCGUCGGUCGAGAUGGUGCAGGAGGCCUACCGCCGCGGCAUCGCACAGCGCCACGCCAACGAGACCCGGCGCCUCAUGCACAUGCGCUUCCACCCCCAGGCGGCGGGCGGUGGGAUGACCACCACCAGCACCAUGAUGAGCUCCACAUUCAGCCCCAUCACCUUCACACCAGGGGCUGCCACCGCACCCGCCGGCCUGGGCGGCUCGCUCAACUUCUCGACUCCGUACGUGUGUGUGUGUGUCCAUUUGCCGAGUGUCUGCACACGCAUACACGCGAUGGUGUGUCUGUGUGUGUGUGUGUGUGUGCAGGUCUUCUGCCGGGCUGCCUGGUGGUACGACACGUUCUGCGCCGGGUGCGUUGGGGUCAGGGGAGGGUGAGGUCAAGCGUUUCGUGAAGAACCGUCUGAAGGUGGGCAAGCUGGGGCGGGAGUUCGCCGUGGCCUACGACGUCCACCCCACACUGAGAGAGUGGUUCCAGACACCACACGUAAGCCCCCCUCCCCCCCCCCGACACACACACACAGAGAGAGAGAGGGAGAGAGAGAUGCAUGCCCACGUGCAAAUGUGUGUGUCGAUGUGUUUGUGAGUGCAUGCAGGCGGAGAACAACUGUAGCAGCGACUCGAUGGGCUUGGAGCGUGCGUGGGUGAUGCUGGCCGACGACCUGUCGCGUCUGCUCUGGAUUCCCGACAGCAUCGGCGAGAACGACCGGCAGCGCAUCAACGCCGCCAUGCGGUACUUCGUCCCCAUGGACGGCAUCUCGGCCAUCAUCGUCAACACACCCAGACCCAAAGACUUCUCCGUCUUCAACGUCUUCGGCGCACAGGUGCGUGUGUACACCCCUGCGCCCUUCACGUGUGUGGCACUCUCUCUCUCCCCCUUCCCCUCUCUGUGUGCUGUGCUGUGCUGUGCUGUGUGUCAGGAGCCUGAGUUUGUCAAGAGGAUGCAGCUGGGGGUCAAGUCGUUCAUGAAGACCAGCCAGUUCGCCCAGGACGUCUCGUCGUCGGUGGUGUCGGGCGCUGCGCGCAAGAUCACCCGGCCCGUGGAGACCCGGUCCGGCAGCUGGUUCACCAUCUGCGGGCCCAAGAUCGGCCUCCCAUUCUCAAUACCGGGUGCGUCUCGCGUGUUAUUCGUGUGUGUGAGUCGUGUGUCACACCAGUGUACGUGUGGCGUGUGGGCGUGUCUUUUGGUGGGUUCAGAGUUGUUCCAGACCGAUGCCGAGAGGGUGACGCUGCUCAAGCUGAACUUCGAGAUCGACGUAGGCAGAAGACGGAUGACUACCGACAGUCUGCAAGUCCCUGUCUGUGUGUGUGUGUGUGUGUGUGGUGUAGUCUGCAAGUCUGAACCACGCGUUGCUGGAGGAGGUCAAGCGGCUCGACGGCAAUUUCAUGGCACGCACCAUGGGCCAGGCGGGCAACACCGUCGGCUCGCUCUUCAGCACCUCCAAAAAGCAAACAGGUGCAGUGCGCACACACACACACACAGACAAGCCCCCUACACACAGGUCGAUCCAUCCAUCCAUCCAUCCGUGUGUGUGCAGACAAGACGGACGACACUCUGCUGAGGACGUACGCCACCUUCAGCACCCUCUACCAGCGGUACCGUACGGCCACCAAGCCGGGCCUCACCCCGGUGUACGGCUGCCGAUUCGUGCUGGAGAUCCCCAUCAACGCCGAGAAUGGACACAAGCACAGAGACAACUACCCCAACUACCAAGACGCCAGACGCAAGUUCAUGCAGGGUAGCUUCCUACCUAAUUGCCUGCCCUCGUGCUGCUGUGCUCGGCUCGGUCGUCCUCUCAUUUGAUUUGUGUGUGUUGUGUGUGUUGGGUCUGUCUGUCUGUCUGUGUUUAGCGGUGGAGGGGACGUUGGACAUCUGGGCCAAGCACCCCGACGAGACGAGAGAAGACGCCGACUUCAUCGUCGGCACCGGCACUGUCAGCCUCGCGCCGCUCGGCACUUCAGACGUCCUGCCCGCCGACCAGGCACGCACUCUUUACAGCCAGACACACAGAGAGGUUGACUGACAAGAUGCGAUGCUUUCCCUCGCUCCUUUUCGUCUGGUCUGCACACAGAUCAACUUGGUGUCCGUUGUCGACAGCGAGAAUCCCUUCACGGUAGACAACCACCCAUCCACCACACGGCCCCUCACAUGCCCUGCCUGCCUGCCUGCCUGCCUUUGCUGCAUUGUGCAGGAGUCUCAGCGGACUGCGUUGGGGAGUGUGGAGGCUCCGGCGGGUCUGGCCCCCGAGGGUGCGGGUGAGGCCACCCCGGCCCCCUCGCGUGUGCGCAAGGUGGGCCAGGUGAAGCUCAAGUGCAACGUGGCCAGGGUGGUGGAGCCCGUCGCCAACCGGCCCCUCUCGCCAGACCUACUCGGACUCAGCCAACUGCAGGUACGUGUGUGUGGCGGGAGUGUGGGAAUCUGUUGUGGUGCAUGCUUCAUCUGUUGUGCAUCGGUUUGUCAGGGUGUGACGUCCAUGAGCAAGAUGAUCGACCCCGAUGACGAGCCAGCAGAGGGGCAGCCACCCAAAUUGCUGGUCAGUGGCAGAACUGCAAUACGCAGCAGAAAAAAGGACAAUGGCGGUCCUCCGGCCUGUGUUGGCGAGUCAUCAUCCCUGCGUGUGUGUGUGUGUGUGUGUGCAGGAUUCGGUGGAGAAGCGCGAGGGCAGCGUGAUGGAGUUCUUCAUCAAGAAGCUCGAACUCACCGACACAACUGCAGACAGAGACCAAAACCCGGCGUACUUCAUCCGUACGCACACGCGCAUCCACCGACCCCCACCGCCCAAUCGCCCCAAUGACCAUCUCGCUGCCUUGUUGUCGCCUGCGAUUGUGUCGUCGUCCAUUCGUGUGUGCAGAUAUGACAAGUGGUGACGUGAGCUGCGUGACGGGCGUGGCUUCGCAAAGCGGCGGCGGCACGGGGUGCGAGUACAAUGGCAAGUACUACCUGAGCCUCUACGACAACACCCCGUUCGAGCGGGUGAGGUUCGUGAAGCUGACGGUAUUCAAGGUCAACGCCGGCUACACCUCAACCUCAGAUCUCGAGCAGGCCGCUGUACGGGUAGGUAACCCAAACUGACUGACGGGCAGGCAGUGAGAGAGAUGGGGGGAGAGGGGGGGAGGGGGGGAGGGGCGAAGUGUUGUUCCAUCCAUCCAUCCAUCCAUUGGUCAGUUUGGUCUGGCGACGGCGCCCAACUUCACGGAUUCCACGAAGGUGGGCGAGCUGGUGUUCGACACGUGGGCAAUGGAGCCCAACAGCGCACAUGACAGCGGGCAGACCUACGCACUCUUCAAGCCAGGUCUGGCUGUCUGUCUGGGUGUGGAGUGUGGGGCCCAGGUGACGGCACCCGUGUGGGCAUUGCGUGUGCGUGUGCGUGUGUGUAUGUGUAUGUGUGUGCAGGUCUGGCGAGCCAGCUGAUGGGCAAGAGUGCCGACCUCGCUGCCAGGCAGCAUCUCGCCAACGCCUUCGGACCAACGGAACGAGGGGUCAGUCAUCUUUCUGUCUGCCUGCCUGCCUACCGGGAUGGAUGGAUCUCUCUCUGUGUUUCUGUGUGUGUGUGCAGUUGGCGCCUGACGUGCAGAAAGAGCAGUUGGUGGCUGACGUGCAGCUGCACAUGCGUGUGUCCCUCCGCAACCGCGACGCCGUGCAGCUUGAGAGGCAACGCAACGGCGAACCGCUCAUUCUCGUCGGUGACAAGGUACGUGACCCACCCACCGACUCAGUCACCCCACCUCUGCACACACACUCAUAUGGCUCUGUGUGUGUGUGUGUGUGUGUGUGUGCAGGUGUUGUUGAUGCUGGAGGAGCCGUUCAAGUAUCCGGAGACGCAGCUGGAGUACAGGCAGCGUUUCUGCCACCCUUGCCCUGCCAGAGAACUCACCGAAGAGGAACACAGGAAACUGAGGGAACAAACGCCAUUCGAGCCAGGGAGGGCGGGCAAGUUGGGGUGUCCACUCAGGCGGAUAUGCAACCGGUGCGUACACACGUGGGGCGGGCAGCCAGGCACAAACACGACGAUAGAGCCAGCGAGUGGCCACAGUAAAUGCUGGAUCGGCUGUGUCCGUCCGGUGUGUGGGCGUCCCCCCAUGUCCACCACACAUACAUGUGUGUAGGGCUGAGCACCAGGCCUCUGGCAUACUGACGGAGUACGACCCCAAGUCGGGGAUGUGGAAGCUCAAGGAGUACGACCCCAAGAAGGUCCACCCGCUACCUCUCUACGUCAAAGACCCGGUCCCUCAUGUGGUCAGUCGACACACCCACACCACACCACACUCGUUUCAAUCACGGUGUCUGUGUCUGUCUGUCUGUCUGUCUGCACAUGCAGUUCCGUCUGCCCGACAACGAGAAGCUGUUCCUGGACAAGAAGCUGCCCGGCGUGUGGAAGCGCAUCAUCGCCGACGGCUUCAAACCAGGAGACAUCGUCGACAGACUCACACACAGGUCAGCACAAUCAACACAGCAGCACACCAACACGGCCCGGCCGACGCUUGCUGAUGUGUGACGUGUGCAUGGUUUGUGUUGCUUGUGCAGGGUGCGUUAUGUGCCCGCGACGGUUUUGGCGGUUUACCGGAAUAACACGGCGGCUCUCCAGUGGUCCAAAGAAGAGAAUGAGCGAAGAACGUUCGAACAAGUGAAGCUGCCCGGUCAGCGAAGAGUGACCCACACAACCACACAAACCACACAAACCACACCCACACACACAUGGGGCGUGCGUGCGUGCGUGUUGGUGCUGUGCUGCCUGGAUGGCUGGAUGGAUGUGCGUGUGCAGCGUCGAUCAUGGCGUUCAAGGACCAGCGGAUUCUCGCCGGCGUGCCGCUGGCACUGCUCAAGUCGCCACACCAGGCGGGAUGCUCCAUCUACGACUGCGGCGUCGUCAAAACACACAACGGUCGGCUCGCAACACACCACCCCACACCACACCACACCACACUCACCGAGACAAAGACAAAGACACCUGCGUCGGCUGCAGGUUUGACGGUGCCCGAGCGGUCGUAUGGCGGCAUCCUGCCGAUCGACGCCAACCCGGCCUUCUCGCAGUACGAGUGGACAGUCACCGUCAGAUGCCAAUCAGAGAAGGUGCCAAUGUCUUGACACAUACACACACACACAAACAGAGAGAGAGCAAGAAAGACCUCAGUGUGCUGUGCUGUGCUGUGCUGUGUGGCGUGCAGGAGAUGUUGGAUUGGGUGACGAUAGUGCGCAACGGGGUGCGUGAGCACGCCUACAAGGUCGGCCAGGCGUACCAGAAGGUGCUCGAUGACGAGGAGCGGCGCCGAAAUGUCCAGCUCGCCAGAUACGCCGCCGGGGUGGACAUCCAACGCGCCGCCCCGCAGAAGGGCAAGCUUGACCUGGUGCUCGUUGAGGCCAACAUCCGGGUGCAGCAGCCAUCCACCAAACUCAACAGGUCGGUGCGUUUUCAACACGCCAAGGCCAUGAACAACACACACACACACAUCAUGGGUGUACCCAUGUGUGUCGUUCAUUCCUUCAGGAUGUUUGAGGACAGCGAGCGUCAGUUGAGUGGCCGGGCCGCCGGCACCCUCGACCUCUACGCCACCUUCCAGUACGGCAACCUGCCCCAGCAGCUCUACGAGUCCAUCGUGGCCGAGCAGCAGCCCACCCUCCAGAUGCAGGCCCGGGAGGCGGUGCGCAAGUACAUCGUCGAGACCCUGCUGCAGUUCACUCCGCCCAAGAUCACCAUCGGGGAGGUCUCCCGGCCCAGCCCACCGCCCAGGGAGAUGGUCGACAAGUUCGCCAACCAGGUCAACUUCCAAGCGGCGCCAGGAAGGACAACCGAACAGGCCAAAGCCGACAGGUAUCGAUCACAGACAAGCGUCUUCGUGUUGUGGUGUUGAUGUGUAUCGUGUCUGUCCACCAGGCGUCGGUUUGCGGGUCAGUUGCACAGGGUGACGUGGUCUCGCCUGCAGACGGCAGCGACCCUCGAGGACGUGCCGCCGCUGAUCAAGGACUACGACGUCAAGCCCACCAACGUCAUCGACAACGUGGCCGGGCUGCUCGUGCAGAGGAGAGACGCCGUCGGACACCAGCAGUUCUACCGCGCCUCAUGGGCUGACCACACACAACUCAAGGUAAGUCCGCCUGGGUUGGCCAGCUGGCGGAAAGAAGGGCACGACGCACAAUGGCGUGUUGUUGGGGCUGUCAGGCGUCUGGCGGUUUCAUGUUUCGCACUGGGCUCAUCUCGGUGCCUGACGACGUGCCGGUGCUGGUGGUCAAGGUGCUGACGCCCGCCAACUGGGGCGCCGUGCAGAAGGACACCGUCAUCGGCACUGUCACCAUCUCCACCCACGAGCUCAUGGACGCGAAGAAACCGUUCCAAGUCGUGUGGAAAGCCCUGCAGGUGACACCUGACCACACACACACAGUGCAGGUAUCGACGACAUUCCGUUGUCCGUUUCUCUCUGUCCAUUCCGUCCAUCCCAUAUAUCAGCCAGUGCAGAAGUACCGGGUGACGGUGCCCGGCGUCAAGAGGGCGACAAUCUUCGAGAGCUACGCGGCCAUGAGUGCGUUUGUGCUGAAGCAUGACAAGACCGUCAAGGACCCCCAGCUGUACCAGGCUAUCGCCAACCACAACAUAGACGCGGAUGAGCCCAUCAAGUUCCCGCCCCCAAGGGGCCACAAGGAGGGCACCACCAUACGGGUGGGCGCCUGGGUGGGAGGGACAGACAGCACUCGCCGAAUGGCAAAUGACGGAACACAAGACACACAGACACACAUGACAUGCCUGGCUCGCUGCCGUGUGCAGGUGUUUGAGGACAGCCGCUACAGCGGUGAGGUGUGCUUCAUGGUACGGUACGCCCCCACCAGCCGCCACCUGCUUCUGCACGACCUCCCAUCCCCCAUCGCAUACCGAGUAGGAGACAAGGCAUAUCUGCCCCCAUCCAUCCGUCUGUCAUGCGUCUGCUACACUGUGUGUGCAGGAUUUUGAGAUGGAUCACAGCCGUCGUGUGUUUGACGAGGCGGGUGCCCCCAUCCGGCUGGGAUGCUACGACCCCAACCUCAACUCAUGCAAGUGAGUACACUCACACACACGCACACAUGCAGCCAAAUGGCUUCGCCUCGGCCACUUACCUGCACACGUAUGUGCGUCAGGUUGCUGGCCCUCAAGGACACAUCAUCGCACGAGCCGUCAUCCGAUCAAGGUCGGUCACCACUCUCUCUCACUUAGCCACGCGCACCACACGCAUCUGCCCGUCCGUCUGCCGCCUGCGUGUGUGUGCAGUGUCGACUCAGGGCGGUGCGGCGAGCGAGGUGUCGACCACGCCAUCAGUGGAGGGCGCCGAGGGCACCCUGGCACACGUGAGGCCGCCGGAGAAAUGGGCCUUCGAAAGACGGCAGUACAACAAGUGAGCGGCUACCACACACUCACACACACGCUCAAAUACACAGGAGGGAGUAGUGUCCUCGGUGGACUGACGGACGCCUGUGUAUGUGUGUGUGUGUGUGUGUGGUGCAGGUACCAGAUGUGCGAGCCUCUGGGCGGCAUAUGGGGGCAGCGUGCCAAGAAGCAGUGGCAGCAGUGGAUCAUGAGCAUCGGGAAGGACCCCGAGAAACAGGAGAAGUCUCCCGGGGAGAAGCAGUGGGAGGCACUGCAGACCUACUGGACAUUCGCAUCAAAGGUGUGGCCGCACCCAACACACACCUCAUGUGCUUGUCAUGUCCAUCUGUCCACCGCUGGCACCCAUCUGUGUGUGUGCAGUCGUCGGAUCAGCGUGACUUGGACGAGAACUGGGAGAGCAAGGUCAAUGCGGCCAUCAAAGAAGGCGGAGAGAAGUCGAUCGCCCCGCACUACCUGCUGGAGGUAGGUACAUCCAUCCAUCCAUCCAUCGGCCACAUCACCACCACACACAACAUAGCACAACACAACACAACACAACACAAACACUCCUGUGUGUGUGUGUGUGUGUGUCACAUAAAAUCACCGAAACACAUGUGACAGGUGUGGAGCGGCAAGGAUGGCACGGAUGGCAAGGAUGACGAGACGCCUCAGUUCCUGGGCGAGAUGUUGCUCAACGUCGCUGAGGCCAGCAGGAUGCCACGUCCCUACCCACUGAGGGCCGAGACGCCGCUCGGCAGAGUUCCUGAUCUAGUGCCGAAGAAGGACACGCGAACGGGCCAGAUUAUUCUCGACAAGGACGGCGAGCUGGAGAUGGAAAACCCCAAGGCAACGGCUAAGGCCACUGGGACGGCCAUCAUCUACCUCGAGGCCUCCUGGAAGCUCACCAACCCACACUCGGGCAAAUUCACCAUCAGGUACAAAGACGUUGCAGGGAGAUCGGAGGACAUCUGUCUGUGUGUGUAUGGGUGGUUGGUGGCUGGCUGUUUGUUGUGCCUGCGUGUAGGUUGAAGGAGUUGCGCAACGCCCCGUCGAGCGAGAUGAAGCCCUACGUCGAGAUCUGGGAGGGCGACCGCACCACCGGCGAGUGGCGCAACACUGGCAUCAGGUCAGUCACUCGAGAUGCCAACAGACCAAACAGACAACAGCUGAGGCCAACGUGGGUGGCGGUUUGGUGCGUGCCUGUGUGUGCAGGUCAUUCGCCAAACCAACCAAAGCCAAGGCUGCGAUGAAGUGGGAGUGGACCAGCACACAGGACCCAGAGCCCAGAUACGUCAACUACUACACCUGGAUGGACGAUACGGUCAGUGGGUAGAUCAGACAGAUCACACACAUCCAUUGGAUGGAUGGAUGGGCUCGCGUAUGUGUUGUGUGUCAUUCAGCACCACAAGGACGGCGUUGAGCAUGAGAUCCAUGUGCCCAUCGCCAGGCAUGCCCCCGGAGUGCCGCACGAGAUCCCCUUCCACAGACUAACAGGCGACAGCAGCGAUCCGGGUACGUUCGCCUCAAAGGCGACACACACACGCGCACUUACAGAAAGACACAAGGGAGCGGGCCGACCUCCUGUGUGGUGCUUGCGUUCAUGUUGUCAUUGCAGAGAGCGCAGAGGGCAUCAAGCGUCAGGUCUGGGACAUGUGCCGCAACGGCAUCCCGCCACUGCUGCGGCCCUACCUCUGGCUCCAGCUGUCAGGUACACAUACAAACACACACACACACACACACACAGACUCGCUGGCCUUGUGCAUGUGUCCGUCUGCCCGUCUAUGUGUCUGUGUGUGCGUCAUGCAGGUGCCCAGAAGAUCCGCAAUGACUGCACGCAGUACCUGCAGCAGAUUCGGGUGGCUGAUGCACCCUACGCGUUCCUGCGCGGGAAGUACCAGGACCGCAGCAGCGCCGUGUACAGCCAGAUCGCCGAGGACAUCGGCGACAUGCAGCCCGUAUACACCACCGACUUCAGCACCGCCGGCCAGGCCAAGCAGGCACAGUUCUGGGUGAGCCUGCGGGAGGUGCUUGAGGGUUUGGUGAUGUUUUCGUCCACACCGCGAUACUGCGAGUUGACGUAUCGGUUGCCGCCGACCGACCCCCGUUCGGCCCACACGGAGGCCCACGCCAUAGGCAACCCCGUCAACUACUGCAAGGGCCUCGCACUCAUUGCGUACUACCUCAUGCUGGACCAUGGAGGUCAGCAAGGCGGGGCGGGAGGGGCCACGCAGGACACACGUCGGGCAAUGCAUUGAUUGCAGUGUGCGUCGUCCUUUACCUACAGGUCUGACCUUGUCUGAGGAGGAUGUCUUCUUCCUCCUCUAUGCCAUCGCCGCUGGCAAAAAGUGAGUGACAGGGCCGACACGCCGACUUACUUCACUUACACCAACCCUUGGCAUCCGUGUGCUUGUGUGCUCCGUCCGCUUCCACCACACAAUGUGUCAGGUUGACGUCGUCGAAUGCCGAGGGUCCGUUUGUGGACUACUUCAGUGCCAACACGCCCGAGGAGGAGUACAAGACGGACUUCAGCGACGGGAAACGGAGGCCGCUCACCGCCACCAUCCCUGCCGCCGCCAGAGACGGACUCUUCCUAGACUGUGCCAUCCAGGUCAGGGUGGGUGGGUGGGUGCGGACAUGAAUGCACGGUCAAGAAUGGCGUGUGGUGUGGUGUGGUGUGUUGGUGCAGUUGAUCCAUCCCCGCGAGUCAGCGUUGCUCAAGACGAUGGGUUUCCAUCUGGAGGAAGCCUUCUUCCCCUGCUUCAUGAGCCUCUUCGCCGGAUGGCUGCCAUCGCAGGUCAGUGCUGCCUGCACGUGGGUGGGCAGUUCGUGACACAAACGACGUGACACCGUUGUGUGUGGAUGGCGUGGCGUGGCAUGGCAUGGCAUGGCAUGCAGACGUUGUAUCGGCUGUGGGAUCUGUGCUUCUGCGCCCUCUUCGCACCGAGCAUGCCAACAGCUGCCGUCCCACCGCCGCAGCAACCAGCUGACGGCACACCGACAGCCGUGAGUGGGCGAUAUCCACACACAUCGACAGCCAGCCAGCAAAGGAGCACAACCCUGUGUACAUGUUGUUUCGUUACAGGUGGUGUCGGCGAUGCCCAUGGAGACGCUGAGCCGCGGGCGGCGUGUGCUGAUUAGCCUGGCGUACUCGGUCAUCUCACACGCCUUCACUGACCUCAACGCUGAGGUGGGCGAGCGACAGACACAGGGAGGGAGAGGAGAGAUGGCAGAUGACGUGUGGCGGGUUAUUCUCUCUCUCUCCCUUUCUCUCUCUCUGUGUGUGUGAAUGCAGACGACGUGUGUGCAGUUUCACAACAGCCUGAAGGACAUCAUGACGGGUCUGCGAGACCCCGCACUGCUGAAGCAAUGGGUACGAAACAUACAGGCAUCGGCAGGCAACGGCUCUCCAUCUGCCUGUCCUGUGAUUUAUCCAUCCAUUCCUUCAGAUUAAUCAGGGUGAGUUUGUCUUGUUCGACAACACGGUGCACUUCAGCUACAUCGCCCGACUCCAGUCGGCGUACAUCGCGGUCAGCCAACACUGUCGCACUUACUCACAAACCCGGAUCGACGAGGCAUCCACCAUCUCUGUCCUUGUGUCUAUGUCUUUGUCGCAGGAGCAAACACGUCAGCUGCACUUCCACCGGGAGCAGAAUCGCCUGCUGCAGGAGAUGGUCCUCCCCUACUACGAGUACCACGCAUCCUUCGACACCAGCAAGACCGCCAAAGACUCCACUGGCCUCGCCGUCGCGCCCAGCUUCAUCAUUGACACCCGGACCAGGGACGGCAAGGGCAAGCCACAGAUCACGAGCCUCAAGUACCCGGGCGUGAGCGUGUUCGACCUCCAGACACUCGUUUACCCCCUGCUCAAGCUGCACGCGCUGCAUCUCUCGGCAGACAUGAGGGAGCCGCCGCCAGACGCCAUAGGAUACCUCAUCGUCAGGUCAGACAGACACGUCUUUGUGAUGUCUUGGUGCGUGUUGGAAUGACGGGCGGUUGGUGGUUCCUGCAUGUAUAGGGUUGAUGAGAUCGCCAAUUUCGCGACGUCCCAGGAAAAGGCGCGUCCGCUGGUGGCCGUCACCUUCAAUAAGCGCAUAGAGUCCACAGCGCCCGCAGAUACCCGUGGCUUCGACAAGGUGAGAAGCGGCAUACAUGGCCCUCCAAACCCACCCAGCCAGAAUCCACUCAUUCGUGCCUGCUGUGUCUGUCGUGUGUGUCAUGCACGUGUCGUACGAUGCAGUAUGUGUGGUCCAGUGGCAACGUCCUGCACUUUCCAAUCACCAGCAGCACCAGCACCCCCUACUCAUUCCAGGUGGAGGCCAAGGACCACGACCGGCGGGGAGGGGGCGUGGGCGACGCCAUGAAUAUCGACCGCCUGGGGCUCCUCAACGUCAACGGCCGCACCGGCGUGCAGCUGCCCACCAACCCCGUGUCGACGGCCUGGCUCUUCAACUACAAAUUCCCGCCCCUGCAGCAGGGCCGCACAAACAAGGCAACACUCACCCUCUCGUAUUUCCUCUACCUCCCACGAAAUGACAAGAAGCUCGAGGAAUACCAGCUGCAGCAGCCCAUCCAGCGGACAGUGGCGCAGCCGGCACCGCCACAGCAGCAGCCGGCAGUCGCGGACGCAGCUUUGGCGGGCCAGCCACAGGCUGCGCAACAGCCACGGUCGGUGGAGGGGCGGGCCCCUUUGGGGCAGGGGACGGCGGGUGCGACGCCAGGUGGCGCUGCUGCUGUCGGUGGUGCGGGGGAGUUUACCCCAGCUGCAGCAGCGCCAGUGAGGCCUGCGCCGAUGAUGGAGCCGGUGGGGGAGCCGAUGGACCUGGGCAAAGGACAGGUAUGUAUGUGUGGCAACAGCAGUCAGCGGUCUUCAUCUCAUCCGUGGCUGUCGUCUUUGUGUGUCAGUGGGGUGACAUGAGCCCGUUCCAUCCUCUGUGGGUGGAGAUGGACCUCACGCAGAUGACGCCCAGGCUCCAGAUGGACCUCUCCUUCACAGGACAGCAGGCCAAGAAGGUCAGCAAGCCCCAACCAACACACAUAUGGCGGAAGAUCUUCAUCGCAUGGCUGGUGGGUGGCCCUGCUGCCCGUGUGCGUAUGUGUGUUCCGUGCAGUUCUUUGACGUGGUGCGGCAGCGUGUGCAGCGGGCGAUGCAGAUAUCGCCCGCCAUGAUUGACGCAUUCAUGCCUCCCAUCGUCCCAAACCCCAUCGUGGGAAGCAGCUCUUACUGGUCAGUACUUAUCGAAUACGAUAUACACACACCCACAUGCGGACAAACACAUCCGGUCCGUCUGUCUGUCUGUCUGUCAGGUCGUUGCUGAGCGAUUCCCCGGCUUACUCGGCCACCGGCGCCGAACAGCUGGCCAUUGUGAAGCCUGUGGCACAGGUAGAGCGACGCAGCAAUGCAUGGAUGAAUGCCCCCCUCCCCCGUGUGUCUCCGUGCAUUCGUCCUUGUGUUUUGUCCGUAUGUGCACGGUGCAGGAGGGCAUCAACCGAGCUCAGCUGGUGAAUUUGCUCUUCAACUCCGUCCCCUCCUGGGGCGCCUACACCAACGAGAUCAUCCGCCUCUUCGGCAGGAUCGUCACCCCCCCAUCCCAGCAGCAGUCACAAAACAUCUAUACCGACCCCCGGCUGUACCGACACACAAUCUGUUUGCGAGAGUUCAUCGCUGCCAUCAUCACUACAGCACGGUACUGGCUGACCACAGAGAAACGAGAAGCCCAAGUCGUCAAAAUGUGUGUGUGUGUGUGUGUGUGUGUGUUCUGUGGUUUUGCAGCGGCACUGUGUCGCAGAAGGCGGAGUUGCUGUUUGACCUGUUUGGGUAUCACGACCCCGCCCGCAAGGAUGACGCCUCCACCCACUGCUUCCACCUCACGGACGAGCCCGGCGCAUCGGCCUACAAGGUCGGCAUCCAGAAGACCCCAUUCACACUGCCCAAAUCCGCUGCAAGGGUGAGAGAUGGACAACCACACACAAGUGGAAUGGAUGCACUCGCAAUCGUUGGGCUUUGUUUGUGCAGGACAAGAUCCCCAACGCCAUCACGCUGACAGCCGUGACGUCCAUCGUGCAGGCGGUGCUGCUCCGCUGCCUCGUCUACGUCGACAAGCUCGCUGCCCACCAGAUCGCCGCUGCCAUUUUCGAGGUACACGCACACACACAACACACACAACACACCCACACUUUCAUGACACCCACCAGCGCGACACGGUCUCUCCCUCUGUCUCUCUGUCUCUCUGUCUCUCUGUCUCUCUGUCUCUCAGCACACUGGUCUGGUGCCGCGUGUGGUGUCCGCCAAGCUGGCGCCUCGCGACGGGUCGGCCCCGAUCGACGUCAGCCCGGCUGUGUGCAAGUACAUCGGGAGUCGAGCUGGCGACACGGGUAGCGUCGGGAUCGACUUUGGCAUGUGCAAGUCGCUGGUGGAGCUGACCAUAUCGGACCCCUUCCCCGGUGCCUCCAAGGACCUCCUCAUUACCAUCGCACUCCCAAAGGGCGUCACCAAGAAAAUCACACUCGAGGUGCAUUGGAAGAGGGGAACAACGGGCCAGGGGGAAGAAGGGCGUUGGCGAUUUUUCCCCUUAUGUGUGGGUCGCAGGUGGGUAUGAGCGGCAUCUUUGUGACCGGCGAGGGCGGGAACAUGCCGAGGGCUCCCAAUGCGCCGACCAUGGCGGCCUCCAAUGCGUCGUUUACACUCACGUACGUCAGAAACAAAGGGAAUGGGGAAUGGGACAAGGUGGUCAACGAGAAGCGCAAUCUUGAUGUGUCUGUCAGAUCGGAUGAGGUGGCGAUUGACAAGCUCUCGUUCGUGGGUCUCUUCACAGGCUCGGCAUUCCUCAGCGAAGUCAGCCACACACACAAAGGGCCGCACCGACCACUGUCUUAUCCCAUGUUAUGGUGUGUUGCCGCCCCCUCGCCCCUUGAUGCAGCCGCUGCGUCAGCUGACGUCAUCUGUGGACCGCACCUUCCUCCCCAACUUCCCCUUGUCGUGUGAAGUCACCAUCGACCACACCAUCGAGGAAGAAGACAGCGAAGUCACGGACAUAUUGGGCGCCGGCGUCACCAAGUCCGCCGAACAAAAAGAACGGGGUCAGGCAACCAGGGAUUGACAGACAGCCUUGAGGCGGCGGGAAGGAGGCCUGUCGAUGCCUUACAUAUGGAUGUGUGUGUUGGCAGAGGCCAAAGAGACCGCGUGGCAGAGGGCGACUGGCCAGACAGCGGCGCAGAAGGAGGCCAGACAACAGAAACAGGAGCAAAAGUAAUGGACAGCCGGAGAGCGCCGCGGCCCACUUCAGGCUCGAGCAAUGUGUGCAAUGUAUGUGGUCAAUCUGUGUCAGGAAGGAGAAAAAGCUGAAGAAGGUUGAGUUGACUGUGUCGUUCCGCCCCGCGCACGUGCCGGGCCGCGGCCGGGUCUCCGCCACCCGUGCCACAAAAGUGUACAAGGGCGCCAAGGCCACACUGCUCGGCAAAGCCAAGUGGGUGUCCGUGCUGCUGCAGCCAUCAUGAGUGGACAGCCGUGUGGGCUGUAUGCUUGCUUGUCAUGUUUAUGGGUGCGUGCGUGCAGCCCCGAGGACCACAAGGUGCGGGCGUACCUCUCGGACACCGUCGGCGAGUUCAAAUCAAAGGUCAGCCAGCGCACUCCCGCCUGCACGAUCUCCUUCUUUCCUGUCUGUCUGCCUGCCUGCCUCCGAUUACUGGCUAUGCCAUCUUGUGUGGCUCGGCUCGUGCAGGUGAUGCAAGCGUGUCGGGAGCUCGCCCCCAAGGUCUCUGACAGCAAGGGGAAAUUCCUCUACCAACACGCAGUGGUGGACGAAUCACAUGAGGUAAGUGAAUGAGUGAGCGAUGGGGGGCGGGAGCCGGCAUGCGUCGACGUCAAGAAAGGUGACCCAGCCACACGCCGCUAUGAUAUGUUUGCAGGUUUUGCUUGACGUCGUCGGCGGUCGGCUGACGUUGGAGGACCACCUGACGUUCCUCGACUACGCAGACGAGGGGUUCACACCCGGCAGCGAGACAGUCUUCAAGUUCACAAUACAGGUACAAACACACUCACAAUCACACGUACAUGGCAUGACCGCCCCCUCUCGAGUGGUGUCCACCCACUUCUAUCCUCAGGAGCGCCAGGGUGGCGCCGGUGCCCAGCCCACCAGCAGCAAGAAGGCCGCCAGAGCCCAGCCGGCCUCCCCCCGACUCGACGACUUCACCCUCAGCAACACCCUGUCCAACGGGGAGGAAGCCACGCCGGGCGAGGUCGUGCUGCGAUACCCCCUCGCACAAUCCGUGUGGAAGCUCGAGGCCGGUGCGGGCAGGGCCGGCAAGAGGGUCAUCGAGUACAGGGCGGGCGAGACGGCGCCUGCGAACGGCCUGGCGUACGUCAAGACGGUGAGUGACGGCAAGGUGGCCUGGCGGCCCGCGGUGGUGCUCAGCCAGGCGGGCAGGAAGACGGCUGCGCAGACACAGACACAGACACAGCCUCCCGUUAGUGCUGCAGCAACUGAACAGGUGACAGCACACAUACACACACCAUGCCGAUUCACGAAAGGGCGUCUGUGUGUGUGUUCAGAUGCAUUACCGCGUAGCAUUGUUGGACCCGUAUGAGUUUGUCCCCCUCAGGGGCGCGGGCACGACGCCGACAGCAUCCCCCACGGCCGGCGCCGGCGGGCAGGGCGAUGGCACGAUGGUGCUGCCCGAGAGCGACAUCCUAUUCUGCUUUAGCGAACCUACCAUCAAGGUCAGCCGGGGAGGCUGCCUGUCCUCUGGUGGGUGUGGUGUGCUUGAGGUUGUGGGUGUGUUUGCUGUCCACACGACACACAGGCUGGGGAGUCGACUGAGGAGCUGGCUGAUGAGGAGAAGAAGCAGAUAGAGGAACUCGCCGGCCGCCGGCUCGACAGCAAGAGAAUAGCACAGCAACUCACCAAGGUCAGCCUGCCCGCCACACAUGGAUGCCAUCGAUGGCAUCUGAACCCCUUUGUUUGUGUGUCUGCAGGACCGGCAGGCAGCCAAGAAGGCAAAGACGCGUGUGCCUGUCCGGCUGGUAGAGGAUUACCUCCAGACGAUCAAGAACUCAGACAAGGGGAACAAGUGA